CGGGCUGGAGGUUCACAACCCCCGAGGCCGAGUACUGAGAGGGUCCUGGCCCGGGCUCGGCCAGAAGGGCGGCCCAGCGCGGCCGCUUCCCGGCGCUCGGCCCGGCCCGGCCCCGGGGGGCGCCGCUGCGCUCCGUGGGAGCCCGCCCGCCCACUGGCAGUGGGGUGGCGCUCCAGGACGUGCCCCCAACCCCUUGUCCCCGAUCGACUCUGUCCCCCUUUCCGCCCCCGCCAUCGGGGAUGCCGCCUCCUUCCCGCACAGCCUCGGCUGGCAGCGCCUUCACCCCCAGCUCCGGCAGGGCGCAAGGUUCCGCGCCCUACCCCCGCGGGGAGGUGUGGCGUCGUGACUCAGCACUCGGGCGCGCACCGCCGGCUCUCGGCUGGCCGGGAAUAAACCGGGAAGCGCUGAGCGCCGCCCCGAGAGUGGCUGCCGAGAGAGGGGACGGGGUCGGAAGUCACGUAAGAGGAUAUAUCGCAAAACAUAAAUUAGAGGCGCUGAUCCAGCACCUUCCUGUGCAUCGAUGUUCUGCUUGCUAAUGCCCUGCUAGCUCUAGCUGUGUUAGCGUGAGCCACAGCAGACCUGGGGAGCAGUAUCAAGCUCCCAGGAUGAAGAUCACAUCACUGGCAGGCACUGGAAAAGUCUCAGACUGGACUCGGUGACCGAUGGGAACUGGAUUCCGGAUCUGUAUCAAAGGCAGACAAACAGACAGACCCCUCCUCAGAUGAUGGCCGUUGAAGAAAGAGCUGACCCCUUUGAUCCCUCAACUUUUAUACUGAGCAUGAGGCAGAUGGCAUGGAAUACCCUGUUGGUCAGUUUUGGGUCACCUGUCCUGUCUGCUUCUCCCUGCAGGCAGAGAUUGUUGGUUCCAGCAACAUGGAGGAUGAUGCAAGCCUGAAGUUCCGUACACAGCUUCUGCUCCUUGAUGAAAAUCUGGUGGCUGAAGAUGUAGCAGCUUUAAAAUUUCUCUGUACUGACUUGCUCCCCUUCAAGAAACUAGAAAAUGUGAAGUCAGCAGUGGACAUCUUUCAGCUUCUUAUGGCUGAAGAAUAUCUGAAUGAGGAAGACACUUUCCUGCUAGCUGAACUCUUAUACAGAAUUAAAUGUCACUCCUUGCUCAAGAAACUUGGUUAUACCAAGGAGAAAGUCCAAGAAUGUCUGCACGAGAAGGGAAAAGUGUCUCCGUACAGGCAGAUGCUGUAUGAAUUGUCAGAGAACAUUACUGGUGACAUGUUGAAGGAUAUCAUAUUCCUCCUGCAAAACUGUCUUCCAAGGCGACGGAUAACUCUUUCUGCUCUGGAAUUGCUGAUUUUAUUGGAAAAACAGGGCCUUUUAACUGAAAACAAUGUACAGAUACUGGAGGACGUCUGUAUGCAGGUUUCACCUGAUCUUCUGGAAACAGUAAGCUGCUACAGAAAGGCAAAAGUGUCUCUGCCACAGCAGGAGAACACUCUCCCAAUUAAGGAAUCUUCACUGUUUCACACUGGAGACAUCAGAGUAUUCACUUCCCCACAGGAGACCUCAAUCAAAUCCGUCGGUUCUAAUAUCGAUGAUAACAAAGCAGCUAAUCUUACACAAGGCUUCUCUGAAAUGAACCUGGAGCUGCCUGGAGAAUUCAGCAAUGUGGAAAAUGAAUCCAAGAUGACAAGCUACAAAAUGGAUGGACCCCACAGAGGAUUUUGUCUUGUUAUUAAUAACGUUGAGUUCGAUGGGUCUCUUCAGGAGAGGAAAGGUUCUUGCAAAGAUGCUGAGGAACUGGAGCGAGUAUUCACAUGGCUUGGUCUGGAUGUUUGGACUUACAAAAAUCAGACGUCCUGGGAGAUUAAAGAUCUCAUGCGAACUUGGCAGCAUUUGCAAGAUCACAAAGAUAGGGACUGUUUUAUAUGUUGUAUUCUAUCUCAUGGAGAGUCAGGAGCGAUCUAUGGGAAAGACGAGGAACUUGUAUCAAUUCGCAUGAUCAUGUCCCACUUCACUGCCAAACAAUGUCCACAGCUGUUUGAAAAACCCAAACUCUUCUUCAUCCAAGCAUGCCAGGGUAAAGAGAUACAGCGUCCUGUCUAUGUUGAAGCUGAUGCACAAAUUCCUGAGUUGCCUUCCAUGCAACAGAGCGUUUCUCCUUCCGAAAGUAUUCCUGAAGAGGCCGAUUUCCUCCUAGGCAUGGCCACAAUUGAUGGAUAUGCCUCUUUCCGGCACAUUCAACAGGGUACUUGGUAUAUUCAGUCCCUGUGCAGCAAGCUACAGUUGUUGGUACCAAGGGGUGAGGAUAUUUUGUCAAUUCUUACAGAAGUUAAUGAAGAUGUGGGCAGACGUGUUGACCGCCUGGGGACAAAGAAGCAGAUGCCCCAACCGGCGUAUACCUUAAGAAGAAAAUUUAUAUUCCCAGUACCUAGAGAUCCUCCUCCUUCACAGCAACACCGAGGCUUUUAAAAUACGUCCUUUUAUCAGUACAUCUCAUUUAAAUGCAAUUCACCACACUACCUGUUCUAAGGCAUUAUUAUUAUUACCCAGAAGUAUAUCUGUAUAGGUUUAUCAGAUUGAUUAACUUUGUUAAGCAUUACAUUUUCUGAUUAUUGUUUCUUGUUUUAAGAUCUAAAAUAACAGCCAUAUGAGAAAUAAGGCUUCUUGUUGAUUAAACUUCUAACAGAGCAUUUUGUGAGUUAACUGAAGUAAUGUCAAGUUGUUUUGUUAUGACCAUUUACUAUGUACGUCGGUUGUGUCCUUCCUGUUUGUUACUGCAUUAAAUUUAUACUUCUUUUUAA